CCCAGCCCUAGAAUAAAAACCACCGGUGACGUGCGCGCAGGGAAGCACCCAGCAGUAUGUGCGCGCCCACGGGAGGGGCCGAUAGAAAAUGGCGAGUCUGUGCAAAAGGCAGCAAUGCACGGUAGAGAGGCGCGGCUUUCGGCAGGAACUUGACUCUUGGAGGCACAAACUCAUUCACUGUGUAGGCUUUGAAAGCAUCUUGGAAGGCUUGUUUGGGCCGGGAGUAGUCAAAGACAUCACCCUUUUCCAAGACUGCGAGCCUGAGGAAGUGUCUGACUGGUCCUUCGAUGAAAACUGUCUUUUCUGCUGCUUAAGACACGAGAAAGUCAAGGAGUACGGCGUAGAGAGAGGUGGAGGCAGCCAGGUGCUGUCGGAGUGUGAAGACUUCAAACAGGAGCAGCAUCGGAUCAGCCGGCUGGAGAGACAAGCCCAAGACUUCCUCAAUGCUGUAUUCCACAGAAAAGAACUCCCAAGUUUCUCAGAACCUCACAUUCCUCUAGUGGCUCGUGAGAUCAUGCAGCGAAUGAUCCGCCAGUUCGCUGCCGAAUAUACCUCAAAAACUACUCAGGACGACUCGCCCCUGCCUAACGGCACCAUGAAGGACCAAAGCCUGCCGAGAGUGGCGUCUCUGGCCCCAGCCCCAUGCUCCCCGCCUGGGUCCCGGCCCGCGCCAAGCUCCCCUCCAUCAUCUGCCUCCUCCUCUCCAUCCCCAACCCCAAGGCCAGGCCUCAGCCCCAGCUCCACCACCGCCGCUGCCUCAGCAUCCGCCUGCAGCAAUGGUACAGGAGCCAGUAACGGUGGUGGAGGAGGAGGUACAGCUGCUGCCUCUGCACAGAAUCCCGUCCUCAGCAAGCUUCUCAUGGCUGACCAGGAUGGCCCACUGGACCUCUCCGUCAAAAAGAGUGAGGACGAACCAGAGCCCAGCCAGCAGGAUGGCGUCCUGGACCUCUCCACCAAGAAGAACCAUACCACAGGCAGCCGCAAAACCUUGUCCGGCUCCUCCCCUGCGUCCGUGGUCAAAGGACGUUCCCUCAAAGUGGAACAGACGCUGCCAGAGGUGGAUGAGGAUGAUGGGUUGCUGCAGAGAAGCUUGCAGGACGGCCUUAGGGAGAACUACAUUAACUCCAACUCCUUCAAGCCCCCAUUGGCCCGCUCACUGCGUAUCAAGGAAGAGCUCCUCAGCCAGAAGCACCGCCUUCUGAGCCAGCCUGCUGCUCUGUCAUUGGCUAAUCUAGAGUCAGCUGGCUUGCUCAAUCAUGGGCAGUCCCACUCCUUGCUUGGCCAGAAGGGCUCUUCCUCUUUCUGGGGAAGCAAGGCCCACCUCGACAGCCUGCUGAAGCUAAAGCAGGCCAGUGGAGCUCUGAGCGGGGCCCUCAGUGACCUCAAAGACCUGCCUACAUUUCUGGAGAAUCACCACCACGGAGCCUUCUCCUUCAAGAGUUCCCUCCACCAUCACCACCACAAUCAGCUCUCCAAGGCCCAACACCACCACAAUGAGGGCAAGAGAGACCAGGGCCACUCACCUCCUGUUGACCUAAAAAUCCCCCAAGUUCGGGGCAUGGAUCUCUCCUGGGACUCGCAUGCCUCUGACCUGUACAGCUAUGGUGCCGUGGGGGUUGGUGGUGGUAGCCAUGGGGAGAACACCCUGAGCAGGAAGCUGAGAGCCAUUUUGCCCAAGCAGAACCGCAGGGGAGGAAGCCUCGGAAGCCUGCUGGAUGGGGCGGCUGACUACUGGAGCUCUGACUUGGACCACUCCAGUUCCGGGCCAGCUUACUCCACCUCUGACGUGGAAGGGGAUCCAAGCUCUAAGCAGCCAAGGAAGAAGAGGGGCCGUUAUCGCCAGUACAACAGCGAGAUCCUGGAGGAGGCCAUAGCAGUAGUGAUGAGCGGAAAGAUGAGCGUGUCCAAGGCUCAGAACAUGUACGGGAUACCACACAGCACCUUGGAGUACAAGGUCAAGGAGCGCAUGGGAACCCUUAAGAACCCCCCAAAGAAGAAGCUCAAGCUGAUGAUGAAGGUAGAAGCAGGAGGCCAGGAUUUUCCUGCCGAGUCAGAGAACACGCCCACCACAACCCCACGUGAUGAUGGCCAGCCGCUGGCACCUGCUGAGCUCAAGGUCAAUGUAAAAGAAGAGAUUGAUGACAAUUUCAAACCAAUCGACUAAAACGACUUACACAUGUAAACCUCAGUCAAAUGACUAAAGUAAUGGAUGGGGCUUUAUUUGUGCCAAUUUACUUUGCAGUAUCUGGGUGAGCACAAACGCAGGGAUAAUAUGAGGAGGAUUCUUAAAACAAACUGGAGAUAAACACCUAAUCGAAUGGUUUUUAACAAGCAUUGCUUGAGCUGAGCUGUGCUGUAUAAGCAUUUGUUUAGCUUUUAUAUCCAGGGGCUUAACAAAUGCAGCUAAAGACAUUUGUUAAAUGACAAUUAAUGAAAUUUCCAUAAGCAUGCUCAUUAUCCCCUGCCCAAAAACCUAAUCCCCCUCUUUUCUGAACUUGAUAUACUGAAACAUUGCUGCUUAUAAAUGCAGUUUGGGCUUUGGACCAUUCCAAUUUGGGGGAAAAAGAGGGGAAAGUUGAAAAUUAACUGACAAAUUAGUCCUUUUACUGCUCCCCUCUCUCUCCUGGAGUACUCGCUGAAAAUUGGUAAGUGAACUGUCAAUAACAUUUGAAGCCAAGUGUAAGGUUUAAUCAUACCAUUGAUAUUCCUCAUCAGGGUUCUGCAUCAAAACCCAUUCUCUUAUUGCCAGGUAGCCAUGACGCUUUAACUGCAAAUCUUUUCUUUCCUAAUUUAGAUAUUCUGCUAAUCUCUGUGCAGACAAAAGCAACAUUAACCCGUCCAUUUUGAAUGAGAAAAGACACACAAAAGUCGUUCAGGGAUGCAUGUUUGUGAGUUUCGUGGACACUACUGAUAAUAGACAUUGUUUCCUCAAUCUUUAUCUUUUAAUUUGAUUUGUUUUCUUUCUUUUGCACUACGCUUUUGGGUCUGGCGCUUACAGACCAGGUUACCUCGGCAUUGUUGCCCUUGCAUCAUGCACUUAUUAUGGUCUGUCUCUGAAGCCCAGUCGCAACCUCGCAAUUGGUCAGAGGUGCACAUCGCCUGCGUAGGCUGAUCUAUAAUCAGAUCCCAACAAGCGCUAAAACCCUUUUUUUGCCAAGGGACAAAUUGAGGGGUAAUAUGAUUAUGGAUCAGCGUUUUUUAAGGCGAAAUGCUACCUCUUGGACCUCCAUCAGUGUUUCACUGCUGAUCCUGGAAUGCUAGCGCUACCUUCAAGUUGCUCUCCGAAUGGUGAGCUCAUCCCCUCAUGGAGAUCUUUAUUGAACGGAGGCCUUUUAGGAUCAGAAUGUGAAACUCUGCUGCUGUUCAGUUGAUUAUUUAGUUCCUAUACAAGGCUUUAGCUAGUCUAAGCUAACAACAACACAUCGCUAAUGUAUUUUUCCUUUCUAAUCAAACUAAGCAGAAUCAGCUUAGCUGAGUUUUAAAAGAAAUUCUUCUCCCUCAAACUACAAAGGCAGUUUAAUACAACAAUGUGCAUUUAUAUAGGGUUGUUCAUUUUGUGAUGGUGGGUGGGUAAUAUGCAGGGGUAGUUGAUAGAGUCGAGGGAAAAGCAGAUUUAAUAUAUUAUAAAUUAUUAUGACUGAUGAUGUAAAAGCCAAUCUGUGAUUCUGGAUGAUUUCGUUUCUCCUCAUUUUUAACUCAGGGUAACUGAGACAGAUGAUGUGGUUUUCAAAUAUGGUAAUUUCCUGUUGGACCUAUAGUAGACAGAGAAGAGGACAAGACUUGUCUUUCACUAAUGCUUUGUCUGUGGGAGGGGCCAUGUGAGUAAAUAUGGCAGAGCCAUAGCAGAUAGACCUGCUAAUGAAUCAUGAAAAGGAACAGAAAACACUGAUGUUUGGUUAGGCGAUUGAACUUACGGCGCUAAACUUCUAAAAUAGCACUUUUCAAAAGUAGAAAGAAAGAAACUGUUUUGAGGUUAUGCAUGUAGUGUAGCUCUUCUCUGGGGGAUAUGGGGCAAGGAGAGAUGGAAGAAAAAAGCUUUAGUUGUGAAGACUUUCAGAAAGCUGCAGCUUGGACCCAAACUACUCCUCUCAAUUACCUCCACGAUUAAAAGAAGAAACACAUAACACAAAAAAAGGAAAAAAAAAAAACGGUCGACAGCUCGAACAAGUUCAGUUUUGUGUAGUGUCGUCAUGUUGUUUUCCUUCCCCUCGCCGCUGAACCACCAGGGAUAGAAAACUGUCAUCACAUUUUACCAGGCGAGAAUAUCCCUCAGAGGACACAAGUGGAAAGAAAAAAAAGCUCUUUGGUAUUUUCCAUGAGGAAAAUAUUGAAGGAGAUGACAAAAGCUUUUUGGUAGUUAUGUUUUUUUGCUCUGUGGUAAAUGUUGCUCUUUGUUCCUAACACUGCCUGGUGCUCACCCAGUCUGUGAAAUUUUUAACAUGAGAAUUGAACCUCUCUGUUCAGAUGAAAUGAUGAUGAUUCACUCCUUAUGAAAUGUAUUGUACACUGUAUUUAUUUGAUUUGUUUUUUUCUUUGAUUAUUCUCUUAAAAAUGGCAUGCACCACUUUUUUUGGCUGAUUUUGGGGUUGGGCCAAUUGAAUAUAUUAUGUUGACAGGAUGUCAACACAAUUAAUCCUGAGGCAGAGAUGCUUAAACUAUACUAAGUUAUGAAUUAAUCACAAUCUAAUUAGAAUUAGAAUAAUUUACUACCUGUUGCAUACAGUCUUUCCCUUCUCUGGUUUUUGGUUAUCCACCUUAAGCUUUAUAGCUCCCAUUUGAUUGGCAGGUAUGUAUGGUCAAUGGGGAAAGCCCUAGAAAAGAACCCUGGAACAAAAGUAUUGCCAGGGGUCAUCAUGCAUAAAAUGCGUCCAACACUUUGACAAUGCUAAGCAUUUGAAGUGUCUAAAAAGUUGUUGUGGGCGUCGAGUUGGACCCAGCGAAGGACAAUGCACUGAUCUGAUAGUUAAAACGGGAUCGAAACCCCACUGUUGAUAGUAAAGCACUUCUCAUGAACAAGCCUCUGAUAAAAGGCACGAUAGCAGCUCACUUAGCCAGCAAAAUGCAACUUACAUGUGGCCCAAAACAAACAAACAAACAAACAAAACAAACUCAUGACACUCUGCCUAUUAGCCUGUUUAAUGUAAUGCAUGUAAAGUAUGGAUUUGUGCUGCUAAUAUAAUGUAAAACGUCACUUAAUGCACAGGUGCAUGGAUAAACUCCAAAAGCACUUAAGACGGAAUUCCCCUAAGAGGGGCUCCUGAACAGGCCAAACUAUCUGUGUAUAAUUUACACAAACUCUAAAUCCUUUACAAACUCUCUAUCCUUAAGAAAUUUUUGACCCUUGUUGCCUGUUUGGCUUUUGCUAAAAUUUGGCAUUGCUUUGUAAAAUACGAGUAAUUUUAAGUCCCAUUUUCAGCCUGAUGAUAUCUACUGAGGUGCAUGCCAUUUAAGGUGUAUUUAUUUCAUUUAAUUUGAUUUUUUUUUUUAUGGUUUUUAUACGUGGUUAACGGCUCCCCCUGUCCGAAAAGUCCUCCUUCUUGCAACUGAGUCUCACUGCUGUUUUUAAAGAAACCUCAUACUAUAUUAUAUACUUAAGAGAACCGUAUAUAUCUAUUUAAAUACAUAUAUUAACAAAUACUCACAUAAUGAAUGUAGUAAACUGAAAUGAGUAUCUCAAACUUACAAAACCAGAACAGUGAUCUGCAAAAAAGAUGGCACUGUCAGUUUAUUUUUAACAGACUGUUGUUUUUAUUCUUUUGCUUUUAGUUUCACUUAAUGCUGCUUGCAUUGGAAACGCAGUCGUUUUCUGACGCGAGCGUGCGACAGUAGCUUUCAGUACUGUAAAUGUCUCAGGAUCGAGCCAGUGGGUUGGGCAGCAAUAUUUGUCAGUCGGAAAAUGGCGCAGACUUAACUACCUGUACUAGAUGUAAUUUCUAGACCUAUAUAUACAGUAUAUAAACUAUAUGUCGACUUGGUCAGCAGAGACCAAGUGCUAUACCUCAAGCUCAGAAUAAUGCCUCCUUUCCGUGCCUCAUACUUUUAUGUAUACCUUACCUGGGAGCCUGGUGAAGGGAUAGCUGAUACUCUGGGAAAUAUAGUAUCCUACGCUGUUUCUUUUCUUUUAUUAUCUGUUCAAUUUUCUUUUCUUUGUUUCCCCUCCCUCUUGCAAAUGGAGGAGGGAGACGCUUCAAGUGUCUGACUGACCAAUAUUUGCCACCCUACCUCUUUUCAGGUAUUUUUUUGCAACAACAAAACAUUAUAGAAGUAUAUAAUGAGCAACAGAUUUGGGGAGGGAGGGGUUUAGGGACGACCCACAGGGAUUACUAUACAGCUAUUCCUGUUCUUACCAUUGGAUGGGGUUGAUAUGGGAGGGCCGCAAACAUCUCAUUUCUUCCUCUAAAUGUAAAAACAUUUUGGGAUUCAGUCGUAUGGUUUUACCCUGGAGGCCACAAGUCAGGUCAGUCCCACCCUGGUCUGUGAAAGAACAAGGUGGUGUUGUUCACAUUUGUGAUUUUAGGUGAAACAUAACUCCAGGUUGAAACUUGACAGGGGGAUUUUUUGUGUGUUUUUUUUAUUUCUCACACCCAGAGAAAUCAGAGACCCAGAGGGGAGAUUGGGGGACAGGUGGACAAGUUAACCUUCUUUUAUCUGCUGUCUUGUAAAAGAAAAAUAUCCUAUCCAAAAUCUUUUACACUGCAUUCCAAAAAAACCCACCCCACACACAGGAAAAUGUACCUUUAUAUGAUGAAAAUGAAAAGCUAUAUACUUAUGAA